AUGGCUUUGCGGUCAUGUGCUUUUCACACGAUUUUUCGGAAAAAGGCCGGUCGCCAUAACGUAGCAACGUUCGAUGAUAGAGACAUUUUACGGAAGGCAAGUUUCGGCACUGUAGUCGAGUCUCUGCUCAGCUUCACUCGCGAAGCUUUCCUGUCUCUCCAUGAAAGCACGCAUCUUCCAUGGUGGGCGUUGAUUACCGUUGUGACAGUGACAACCAAAGCGGUCAGUUUUCCGUUAAUGGCCAUGUCGCAAAAGAAUUCGCUGAAGUGUCUGGUUCUUGCUCCAUAUGUCGAAAAGUACAGCGGCCAGAUCAAGUCGAAGAUCGACGAAGAGGCAUUUCGGUACCGCUGGAGCGAACGACGCAAACGCCGGAUCUACGCUUACAACAUGGGCCGGGUAUUCCGAGACGUCUACGAAAAACAGGGUUGUCAUCCCUACCGGUCACACGCCAUCGUCGUAUUCCAGCUACCCGUCUGGUUCAGUUAUUCAGUGACCAUUCGCGAUUUAUCGUUGUUCAGAGGGAUCGCCGAAACUGCAGGUACUCUCACUGGAGCAGAUCAAGUCGGCAUGAAAUGUGAGGGCUUGUAUUGGUUUACCGACCUGACAACGCCUGAUCCUUAUUACAUCAUACCGGUUCUCAUUGGCUUAAGCAACUAUGCCAUCUUUAAGGUAAAGCUCGAAGUCAGAGUAGUGCUGUAG